AUGGCUACGUCUAACGCGACAGUGGCAAUUGAAGAUUGGGUGCCAGAGCGCGACGUCUCAGCUGGGCUAUCCAGGAAUCCAGAAUUAACGGCGGCGAAGAUGUCUGUGAGCCAUGCGGAGGACAUUGAGAUAUCGCUGUGCGGCGGCAACUCGGAGGAUGAGCGGCGGCGGCGCAAGAUCGGCUCGCUGCGGCGGAAGGCCAUCCACGCGCUCAAGAAGCGAGGGAGGCGCCGCGUCGACUUCCGCUUCCCGCCGGCGGCCAUCUCCAUCGAGGACGUCCGCGACGCCGAGGAGGAGCGCGACGUCGCCUCUUUCCGGGAGCGCCUCGCGGCGCACCGCCUCCUCCCCGAGAAGCAUGAUGACUACCACAUGAUGCUAAGGUUCCUGAAGGCCAGGAAGUUCGAAGCCGAGAAGGCAAUGCAGAUGUGGUCAGAGAUGCUGAAAUGGAGGAAGGAGUUCGGAACUGACACGAUCCUUGAGGAUUUUGUUUUUGAGGAACUGGAUGAUGUGCUGCGCUACUACCCUCAGGGCUACCAUGGUGUUGACCGUGAAGGCCGGCCGGUGUACAUUGAGAGGCUAGGGAAGGUGGAUCCGAACAAGCUCAUGCAGAUCACGUCGGUGGAUCGCUACAUCAAGUACCAUGUCCAGGAGUUUGAGAGGGCCUUCAGGGAGAGGUUCCCUGCCUGCACAUUGGCUGCUAAGAGGCACAUUGACUCCACCACUACCAUCUUGGACGUCCAGGGUGUGGGGUUUAAGAAUUUCUCCAAGACUGCAAGAGAACUAGUACACCGGAUGCAGAAGAUUGAUAGUGACUAUUAUCCUGAGACACUCCACCAAAUGUUUGUCGUGAACGCUGGCAGUGGAUUCAAGUGGAUCUGGAAUAGUGUGAAGGGCUUCCUUGACCCAAAAACUUCAUCCAAGAUUCAUGUGCUCGGUUCGAACUACCAGAGUAGGCUUCUUGAAGUAAUAGAUUCGAGUGAGUUGCCAGAAUUCCUUGGUGGUUCAUGCACAUGUAGUGACAAGGGUGGUUGUCUUGGAUCGAACAAAGGGCCGUGGAAUGAUCCUUAUAUAUUGAAGCUGAUCCACAAUUUGGAAGCUGGAUGCGUGAGGGAAAUCAAACCUGUUUCUGAGGGGGACGAAAGAAAGUCUUCCUUUCGGCUGGAACAGAUGAAAUGGCAGGGCAUGUUAAGUGAUACAUCAAAUGCUGAAUCAGGAUCUGAUGUUGAUGAUUUUGGUCCGUCAUUUGUUCAUAAAGUUUCUGACUAUGGUUGCUUGACUCCAGUUCAUGAGGAAGUAAAGGGCACAGAUUGUGCAACAUACUUAAGCUGUGAUGAUCAAAGUCACCCGGAUAUGGCUCCUGAAUCUUAUCAUGGAGUGCGACGAAUUACUGAAAUGGUGCAGAAACCAAUGGCUGAUUUCAGGCAAUAUUCCACCAACAGAAGGCCUUGUGAUUUAGGGAACAAUGCUCUUAAUGUCAACGGCACUGUUGUUCAAAGGGGCUGGGAAAAUGUGGUGAAGCUAGUAGUUACAGCUUUGAUCAAGCUCUCUUCCUUCAUCCGGCUUUUCAUCUCUAGAGCUGAGAGGAGGCUUGAGAACGUCAAUCGCCCUGCUCCACCAGCAACCCCAGCAGCAGAGAAGCCAAAGCCUCGAGUCGUCAGUGAUGAAGAGGUGUGUGCCUGCCUACAGCGUCUCGACAAUCUCGAAUCGCUGUACAAUCACCUUGCCACCAAACCGCCGCAGAUCCCAGAGGACAAGGAACUCAUUCUGUUGAGCUCAUUCGAGCGGAUCAGAUCUGUUGAGGCUGACCUUGAGAAGACCAAAAGAACGUUGAAUGCGACCGUGGCGAAGCAGAAAGCAUUGGUGGAGACUCUGGAAUCUGUACAGGAGUCGUCUAGAGUCAAGAAGCGGAUGUUCUGUUCAUAG